AUGUUGCGAUUUGUGUCUGCUAUUGCCAUCUUGGCAGCAACGGCCGUCCAAUCGGCCCCUGUUGAACCGGCUCAGUAUGCAUUCGUUACGAAGCACCACCAUGUUCCGGAGCAUCAUCACGUGCUCGAGCAUGUUCAUCAUGUGCCAGAACCACAGCUGGCCGUACACUAUCCGGUCGAGCUGCUCCAGGACCACCAUCAUCACCAGGAGCCACAGCUUGUGCUGAGCAACGAUAAGUACAUCGGGGAAGCUCAUGAGUACCAUCAUCACGAAGCUCCAGCCACCAGCUACAGCGAGGGUAACGACUACAGUACACUGUACGGUGGCAAGCAUGGUUCUCAUUUGUAUGAUAGCUACCAGUACGGAGGAUACGACACUGGUUACGCCAAGAAGUACGACGAGUACAACGCAUACCCCAAGUACAGCUUCGAAUAUGGAGUAGAUGAUCCGCAUACCGGUGACCACAAGAAGCAGUGGGAAUUCCGUGAUGGUGAUGUUGUGAAGGGUGGGUACAUGCUGAAGGAAGCCGAUGGUACGACCCGUGUCGUUGAGUACACCUCGGAUGACCACAACGGAUUCAACGCGGUUGUGAAGAAGUUCGGCCAUGCCCACCAUCCGGAACCGGUAAAGCAACACAAUGCCUACGGCUACAUCGGUAACUAUGCUGGCGCGUACGCCACCGGUGACCACUACAGCAAGGGUGCCACUAGUUACGCCAAGGUAUGGAAGCAACAUUAA